ACAUAACAACAUGGCCACCCACACGUCCCUUGUUGACUGGGAGCUAGCUUGCUAAAUGAUGUUAAAUAAAACAGUGGCAUAAAAUGAUUCGAUCGGGAUUUUAUCAAUCCCAGAUCACAAAUAUGUAUUGUACACACAAAGCGUUUGAAAAACGAGUUCAGUAGCGAACGAUAUUGAACGUGUAGAUGGGUAACCAACCCUCGAGCUAGCUAUGCUAGCUUGAGAACAAACAAACAUUCAUUUAAGGCUAGCUAGCUACGAAAUUGAAAUAUUAAUUUAUUGUGGGAAGAUGUUGGGUUUUCUAACAGCAAGACAGGCUGGACUUGACGACCCACUUCGUCUGAGACGGGCAGAGUCAACACGGAGGGUCCUCAAUUUAGAGCUGAAUCAUGACAGAGAUGUGGAUCGAAUCCAUAGCAACGGCGUAAACACCAUAGACAUUGAAGUCAUUGAGGGCAGAUACAUGCUAUCUGGAGGGGCAGAUGGGGUGAUUGUGGUGUAUGACCUGGAGAACAACAGCAGGAAACCCCAAUACACCUGUAAAGCAGUCUGCACUGUAGGCAGGUCCAGUCGGUAUGUCCACAGGUUCAGUGUAGAGACAGUGCAGUGGUACCCACACGACACAGGCAUGUUUGUCUCCAGCUCCUUUGACAAAACCAUGAAGGUCUGGGACACUGAGACACUAAAGCCCGCUGAAGUGUUCCAGUUUGAAGGAAACGUCUACUGUCACCACAUGUCCCCCAUUGCCAGGAAACACAGCCUCAUCGCAGUGGGUACCAAAGACCAGAAAGUACAGCUCUGUGACCUGAAGUCUGGCUCACGCAUCCAGGUUUUGCAGGGUCACAGAGGUGAGGUCCUAUCUGUUCGAUGGUCGCCAAGAUAUGAGCACAUUUUAGCUACAGCCAGUACUGACAGCAGGGUGUUGGUGUGGGAUGUGCGUCGGGCCUCAGGGAGCCUGUUCUCUCUGGAUCAACACAACGGGGACAAGUCCAAGGCCUCUUCAGAGGCAGUGAACACAGCCCAUAAUGGAAGGGUAAAUGGCCUCUGCUUCACGGUCGACGGCCUCUACCUUCUCACCACGGGAACAGACGACCGCAUGAGGCUGUGGAACAGUGCCAAUGGAAACAACACACUGGUGAAUUAUGGGAAGGUGAGUAACGAUAGCCGUAAGGGGUUAAAGAUCACGGUGUCUCGUAGCUGCAGCCCGGAGUUUGUGUUUGUACCCUGUGGCAGCUCAGUGGCGGUGUACACUCUACACACUGGGGAACUCGUAACCAUGCUAAGGGGACACUACAACAACGUGGACUGCUGCCAGUUCCACCCCGACUACCAGGAGCUGUACAGCGGGGGUAAAGACUGUAACAUCCUAGCCUGGGUUCCUGUUGUACGGCCACCAGACGUGGAAGAAGAAGGGACAGCCGCCAAGGGUGGGAGCCAGGCUACGGUGAAUCCUGCUUUUGAAGACGCAUGGAGCAGUGAUGAGGACUGAUGCAUAAGCACAACUGUACAGCCCUACUCCAUCGGACAUUAUGCAUCUGUACAGCCCUACUCCAUCGGACAUUAUGCAUCUGUACAGCCCUACUCCAUCGGACAUUAUGCAUCUGUACAGCCCUACUCCAUCGGACAUUAUGCAUCUGUACAGCCCUACUCCAUCGGACAUUAUGCAUCUGUACAGCCCUACUCCAUCGGACAUUAUGCAUCUGUACAGCCCUACUCCAUCGGACAUUAUGCAUCUGUACAGCCCUACUCCAUCGGACAUAGCUUUAGGAAUCUCAUCAUGGUGCUAGCUUCAGGAAUCUCAUCAUGGUGUUAGCUUCAGGAAUCUCAUGUAGCAUCUGAAGACUACAAAUGCAGUUUAACAUCUACUGUGGAGUUGGAGAAUGAACCUUAAUAGACUUUGAAUCUCUGAGGUGACAUCUGAUUUAUCUUUUAUUUUAUAUACAAAAUGGAAAUCGACACUGAGUGUAUGAAACAUUGGGAACACCUACCUAAUAUUCAGUUGCAUCAUUUUGCCCUCAGAACAGCCUCAAUUUGUCGGGGCACCUCUACAGGUGUCGAAAGCGUUUCACAGGGAUGCUGGCUCAUCUUGAUACACACGGGAAACUGUUAAGUGUGAAAACCCAUCUGCGUUGCAGUUAUUGACACACUCAAACCAGUGUGCCUGGCACCUACUACCAGCAGCAUACGGUCAGCAGCAUACGGUCAGCAGCAUACGGUCAGCAGCAUACGGUCAGCAGCAUACGGUCAGCAGCAUACGGUCAGCAGCAUACGGUCAGCAGCAUAUCACCCUGCAUCCCACUGCUGCCUUGCCUCUGAAGCUAAGCAGGGUCGGUCCUGGUCAGUCCCUGGAUGGGAGAUCAGAUGCUGCUGGAAGUGGUGUUGGAGGGCCAGUAGGGGGCACUCUUCCCUCUGGUCUAUCUAUCCCAAUACCACAGGGGAGUGAUUGGGGACAUUGCCCUGUGUAGGGUGAUGUCUUUCGGAUGGGACUUUAAAUGGGUGUCCUGACUCUUUGUGGUCAUUAAAAAUCCCAUGCACUUAUCGUAAGAGUAGGGGUGUUAACCCUGUUGUCCUGACUAAAUUCCCAACCUGGCCCCACCUAAUCAUCCCCCUCAUUCCUAAUUGGCAGAUAUCACUCCUCACCUCUCCAGCUGAUGUGUGGUGCGCGUUCUGGCACAAAAGGUGGGUUCUACAUGUUGGUGGUAGAUGAGGUGAGUUUCCCCGUACUAUGUGAAGAGCUUUGAGUAAUUCUGUUUGUUGAAAAGCGCUAUAUAAUUCCAAUCAAUUAUUAAUUACCAUACCCCGUUCAAAGGCUCUUCAAUCUUUUGUCUCCCCCAUUCACCCUCUGAAUGGCAAACAGACACAACCCAUGUCUCAAUUGUCUCAAGGCUUAAAAAUCCUUCUUUAACCUGUCUCCUUCCCUUCAUCUACACUGAUUUGAAGUGGAUUUAACAGGUCACAUCCAUAAGGGCUCUUAGCUUUCAACUGAAUUUACCUGGUCAGUCUAUGACAUGGAAAGAGCAGGUGUCCCUAAUGUUUUGUACACUCAGUGUAUGGUGUUGAUGAUUUGUGCAUUAAAACCUAUGGAUGGGUAUCUGCACUGCUGUAUAAUCUGUUUCUAUUGUCUGCCUUUGACGCAACAUACAUUGUACUUUGUACUUUACAUGGUGUUAAAAUCAGCUUUCCAUUAUUCCAAUGAUGACCAGAGUAAAACCAGCUGAACUGGAGCCAAACCUUUCCUCAUAGCGUCUUUGAACAUGACGUUCAAGAGACCCACCUUUCCGUCAUCAAUUCACACAGAAAUAUUUGUCAGCCAUGUCUCUGUCUCUCCCCUACAUUUGCAUUAUUUAUUCUGUUGUCAUUGUUAAAACCAGCUCUGUAUUGUUGUUGUUGUUAGACGUGAUACUGAAAUCAGACUCACUUUCUCUCCUACUGGCAGCCUCAUGUUUACAUAUGAUUGGCUUGAAGGGCAUUAUUUCCCUAUAACUCACGGCAUAUUUGCAUGGUAGAAUGUUCAUGGUUCAAUGGCCAUAGUUCAUUCUAUGGCAAAAGUCGAAUUGAAAACAUUGAUUUUGUUGUAUUCCCAAUGGCAAGCUAGGACUGAUGAUUUGGUUAGCUAUAGUAAACUUGCCAGCUACUUCAGUGGAUGUUGAACACAUUUCUAGCGACAAAUAUGUUAAAUUAUAGCCACGGUAUAAUGGAGAUAAUCAACUCGGCUCUAUGAGUUCUCUGAAAAAUAACACAACUCUGUGGAAGGUCAGUUCCAGUCUGCAUGGAACACACCUUCCACGUCAUUCAUUAUUUUCUAUAGAAUGCAUAGCCUCUCUUUGAUUAAACCCUUUUAACAUACUUUUAACCUCUAGGAAACCCUACCAACAAUUAAUCCUAUCAGUCCCGAGAUUCCAGCAAAAAUCAACUUUUCAUUUAUCUGACGUUAAUUUAUCUGUAGCCCUUAUAUUUAGCCUCACAAUUAAGUGUUUUACACUUUUCUUUUCAGGAUAACCAGAUCUCCGGUUGCGUUCAUGGUUUUAUUGACAUGUCAAUAAAAAAUAUUCUGCCAAAAAACA